UGGGACGUAUGGGGAGGUUUUUGGCUGGAGAGAGAGUGGGAGUUUUCCCCUUUACUUUCGGUUUUUGGAGGCUUAAUAUACGCUGUAUAUGGGCCCAAACUAACUUUUUCAUCUCUUUUUUUGGUUCAGGUCUAACGGUGUUUGUUUGUGUAAAAGUAUAUUCUCUUUGCGGCAGGCACUGUCUGUGUAUUUCGGUUCUGUGACGAGAGUUGGCCAUAUUGGGUUGAACAUCUCCAGCUGCAGACUAAAGCGCUGAACUGGCUGCUUCUCAGCGAAGAGGACGGAAUCCUCCACGCUGCUGCUCGUGUGGACAGACAAGGAGGCCCAGAGUCAACAGAGAUCACCACACUGGUGUCGUGUGCGGAGCUGAGAGGAGACGCGAGUAGCGGCUGGUCGCGGACGCUACGGCCCGUCUCUACACGGGUCAGGGUCUCGUGAGUGUCGGCCAACCCGCGCCGCGCGUCUCAAGCACGUCAUCCGGCCUUCUACUCACGCGCACCAACGUUUGGCCCCGCGAGUGCUAACAGACGCUUGUGAACAUCCACGCGCUGAAGUGGACACAGCACAACUCUGGGUCAUUACAGGGCCCACUCUGCCCUCACAGUCUCUCUCUGUGUGUAGUCAGCCAUUCUGCUAGAAUGAGGAACCUGUGUGCUCUGCUGUUUGUGCUGCUGCUCUGUUCUCUCCAGCUGGUCUCUAGUGGUCCCGAUGCUCGUAACCGUGCGAUCUGCUGUCCUAAUCUGACUCAGAAGAAGUUGCCCCUCAAACGCAUCGUGUCCUACAGCUGGACCAGAAGUGAUUGCUCCAUCAAAGCUCUCGUCUUUAAGAUGAGUAGUGGAAAGAUGUACUGUGUGGAUCCUGCCUCUGAUUGGGUCAAUAACCACAUGAAAGCAGUGGACCAGAGAACAAAAAUACCUGCUACUGGAAAACAAACAUCCUCCAAAAACUGAAGUUGACCAGCUAAAGGCUGUGAAGAACUAUGUUAAAUAUUGGUAACAUUCUGUAAUUAGUGUUCUGGACAGGCCAAUAAAUGUUUUGGCAUUCUAGCGGCCCCUGCUGGCUGAACAGAAAAACCCAGUAGGAAGUAUUGAGAUAGGAAGUGUUCAGGGAAAGCACAUUGGAUUGAGUGCUACAAAAUCCACCAUAAUCUGUUUAUUACUAGUUUAGAAGGACAGUGUGACUCCCUGUGAGUAAUACUAUUUUAUUAUUGUUCAUGUGUGGUUUAAGUGGAUUUUUGGAUAUUGAAGUUGAGAUGAUAUACAUCUUCACCAACUGUCGAGUGGUAAGCAUGGAAAGUGUUGCUGACUAUAGAACAACAGCAUAUGCUACAGUUAAUAGCAAAUAUAGCUAUUUAUAAUUCUACGUAAGCAUUAUUGAUUUGUUUGUAUUUUCAGUUUUACACUAUUCAUAUGAUAAAACAUUCGGAGAAUCACAUUGUGGAUCUCGGGUGUCAUUGUAUGGUUAUUUUCAAAUUUUUUAAAAAUAAAGCUCAUUUUCCUACAGUGCA